UUCCAGUGGGAGACGGAGCCAUGCAAUCGCUUUCAGUUGUGCUCCUCUUGUUUCUUAUUGCCGUAAAGGCACAGGAAUACUAUGUGCCCAGCACAAUUAUUCCGCUGGAGUUCAGUCCACAGCCCCGCGUGGUAAAUGGUGAACAUGCUCAUUUAGGACAAUUCAAGCACCAGGUCUCGCUCCGUCAAAAUGGUCGACAUGUCUGUGGUGGAUCCAUCAUUUCCCGCAGCUUUGUCGUCACGGCAGCCCAUUGUGUCAAGUCGGGUGGCAAGGUGAUCCCAGCCAGUCAGUUCUCCAUACAAGCAGGAAGUGUGGUUCUACAUAGCGGCGGUGUAUUUGUGAAUGUGGCCGGGAUUCGCGCUCACGCACAACACAGUUCUAACAAUCCAGCUAUUGGCUUCGAUGUAGCAGUACUCCGAUUGCAGAAGCCGCUCACCUUUGGUCCCAACAUUGGAGCCAUUCAACUUGCCCAAGCCGAUCCGCCGGAUAAUGCGAUCGUGCAAACCUCCGGAUGGGGCUAUGUGCGUGCUGGUGGUCCCAUUUCCAAUGUGCUGCUCUACACGAACCUGAAGGCAAUAUCACGUGCGGCGUGCUCACGCUAUCUCCGCUCAGUACCCAACUCCAUCAUUUGCUUGUUGCACGACACCAGCACAGGCGUCUGUCAAGGGGACUCCGGCGGCCCAGCCAUCUACAAGGGCCAACUUAUCGGCAUAACCAGCUUUGUCGUGGGCACAUGCGCUCAGGCCGCGCCCGAUGGUUUUGCACGCGUUACAGCCGUGCGCAGUUGGAUCGCCAGCUUAGCCGGCAUCUGAGCAGCCACUUUCUUUUUUAACGACAACACAAACUUCGACGAAUAUGUAAAUACAAGUAUGUAGGUGAGCAUAUCAUCGUUACGUCCGACCAAAAAAUACAAAUAAAGUUCUAGCGCAAUUUUCGA